UGUCGUCAUCCGCGGUUGCCGCGUCGACGUCCCCAGUAGUUGCGGGAAGAGUGAAUGCCAAGCAGCGAGUCGAUGCGGGCAGCGAGCGCGACACGUCGACAGGGGCUACACGCGAGCGGACGACUCUCCUCUCCCAACGCCCAUGACCAGCAGGAACCGCGAGCCUCGCUCACGCGCCGCAUCUCUCGUUCGCGCCGCGCGUUCUGCCACCAGCUCUCGUGCAUCUACUCCGGGAUCCAUUGAUCUCACUGAUAGUGUGUCUACGACCGGAUCAUCGUCUGGAAGUAGAAAGCGCAAGCACAGAUCAGUCAGCCUGCCAAGGCAGCCCAAAAGAUCGCGGAGGAUUGCUGCUAUACACGCUCCGCACGACGGAUCAGAAAUCGGUACAUUCUCGGCGGGAAACACGCAGGCUCUAUCUGGCGAGGGCCCCGGGGAAGUUGGCUUUGACCUGACAGUCGCGGACGUACUGGAGCAGCCGGAGCAGUACGCCGACGUCGAGACUUUGCCCGACAUUGGGCUGGGGGUCGUUGACAGGCCCCCCUCUCCUUCUGCCAACGCGAAGGGGAAACAGCGCGCCGCUACGCGCUCACCUACACCCGAGCCCAAAGCGGAGCCCGCUUCGCCCGCGCCACCGCCCAAGCAGACGCCCAUCGCCGAGUAUACUUGCCCAAUAUGCUUCUUCGCGCCGACGAAUGCGACUCUGACUCCCUGCGGCCAUAUCUGCUGUGGGAGCUGUCUGUUUACGGCCGUCAAGACCGCGAUGUUGCGUGCGGCGCAUACGCCGGAAGGAUUGGAGGCAAAGUGCCCCGUCUGCCGUGCCACAAUCCCAGGCUGGGAUGGUCGUGGUGGAGGCGUGAUCGGUCUCAAGUUACGGUCGAAGGUCACUAUAAGUCUCUAAACUGGCGGCACUUCCACCUACACGAUAUACUUUUCACAUGAGGAAAAGUCCAGCUUGCCGAGAUUGAUGCCCAUGUUCGCGCAUACCCUCCCCCACAUCUCCUCUGACAUUCCGGGCUCUAUGC